CGCCGCUGCCGGAUGACGUACGAAUCAAACAUGGCCGCCCCCUCUGAGUGCCAACGAGUGUAGAGUGUUUCUCUCAAUUUGAAGUGUUUAAAGCGGUCACAUCUGAGCGAUAAUACUUACCCGGGACAAAAUGGAGAAACUUCUGCUAUCUGCUGAGGAAAAAGAGAGAGAGGAGGAAGAGAUUGAGGCGGAAGGUAAAGAAGAAGAUGAUGAUGAUGAUCACGAAGAACAGGAGGAAGAUGUCGAGGAAAAGAAUGAUUCUGGUGAGAUAAAAAAGGAGCAACAGGCAAAGGCAAAAGCCCCAAAUAAAACAAAGAAGGUUCCCGUACCCGCUCAGACUAAAGACAAAGACCAGGACAGUGUCCUGAACCUCAACAAUGAGGUGGUGAAGAUGAGGAAGGAGGUGAAGAGGGUGCGAGUACUGAUCAUCAGGAGGCUGAUACGACAGAUCAGUGCCUCGAAGAAGAAGAAGGGGAAUGAGGCACAAGUUGAGAAGAGUCAGAGGAAAGCUGCCAGAAUGCUGGAGGAGAUCCACGCCAUGAAGGUUCUCAGACCAGACGUGGUGACCAAGACAGCCUUGCAGAAGAAUCUCAACUUUGAGCAGGUGUGUAGAGACCCCAAGUCUAGUAUUGUUGACCGGGCUGUAGCACGCAUCGCCACCCACCCUCAGUUCAGCAAGAAGAUUGAGGACAUUAAAGCUGCUGUGGAAGCCUUCAAAAAGGAUAGGAUGAAGGAUCUAAAGCAGGGAGGAGUGGAAAAGGUGCAAAUUAAAGCCGAAAAAGUAAAACCGCAGUCACCAGUCAAAAGCAAGGAAAAAAAGAGAGACAAAGAAGAGGCAAAUGUUAAAGUGCAGCUGAAGGGAAUGUCAGAAAACAAGGAAGGAGAUGUUAUCCUUAAAGACUCAAGUGAUGCUCAACCUAAAACAGACACUGUAAUAGCAGCUCAUUCAUCCAGCACUGCUGAUGUUCAAAAGAAAGACAUACCAGAGUCUGACAGUGUGCGUCCAGUAUCAACACAAAGUAUCAAAGUAAAGAACACUGUGAAAAAUAAUCCUCAAAGUAAAGGUGCAGAGAAGAAACCGAAUGCUGCGGUUCUUCAAAAACAGGAAAAGGAGGAAGAGAGUGAUUUAGAGUCAUCAGAUAAGGAAGAGAGUGAUUUAGAGUCAUCAGAUAAGGAAGAGAGUGAUUUAGAGUCAUCAGAUAAGGAAGAGAGUGAUUUAGAGUCAUCAGAUGAGGAAGAGAGUGAUUUAGACUCAUCUGAUGAGAAAGAGAAAGAGUACUUCGACGACAGCACAGAGGAACGUUUCCACAAUCAGUCCUCCCAGUCGGAGGAGAGCGAAGAUGACUUCUUCGUAGGAAAAGUCAGCAAAUACAGGAAGAAGAAGCAGAAGGAUGUAGAAGGGGAGAAAAAGGUGGUGAAGGGGGAGGAAGUGACAAGUGACAAGGCGACAACUUCAGACAAGUUCCAGAAUGAACUUGAUGAGCUCGAGUCCAGGCUGAAGUCUAAAUCAACCUCGCUUCAGUCUGUCUUCACUUCCCUCUCAGGGCCUCUGAAGAGUGCUGGCAGAGGUGCAGGCAGGGGAAGAGGUGGUGAUACAUUUAGGGGCCAAAGAAAGCCAAAUGCUGGAAGAGGUUUCAACAAAGAUUUCAGUAAACAAUCCAUGUUUCGAAAGGAGUUUACAGGAGCGGAAGAAAACUCAGGGACCAAGUACAGCAAGCCUGACGACAGACGGCGUGAGUCGGAGGAGAAGGGCUUUGCAUCUGGGGGCAGAGGGAGGGGACGAGGCAGAGGCAGAGGCGAUUUCACAAGGCACAUGGGUCGAGGUGCCUUUUCCCAGCAGGCACCACAGCAGGCGCUGCAUCCAUCCUGGGAGGCGAGUAAGAAAAGAAAGGAACAGCAAGGACAAAUCCUGGCCUUCCAGGGGAAGAAGAUCAAGUUUGACGACUGAACAGAAUCGAGUGACUCACAGAUUUUGUUGAUUCUUUUUGUCCGGCACAUUAUGUAAAUGUGAAGGUUGUCGCUCAUGAUGUUCUGUGACAGUGUUUUUAAAUUGUUUAAAAGAACAAAGGCCUGACAUUUCUUUCUAAAUCAUCAUGAGAAUUAAGUUGUUAAAAUAUUGGGAUUUCCAAAUGAGAAAUGCACCACUUAAGCAAAUAACUUCUCUGUGUUAUAGUUUUACCAGCUCACAACAGACAUGAGGAAGAUAUUUGUAAUUGGGGAUUUUGGGGGUAGUGAAUUUUUUUUUUUUAAACUUGUACACAGCUCUUUGCCUGACACAGUUUUUAACAUGGUAACUAUGGAUUAGUCAGUGUCUACAUUAUAUGAAGCUAAUGUAUGGAGAUACACAACAUUGAACCAAAUGACAGUUUUGGUUUUUCAUCAUUAUUUGUGUUUGAACAAUAUAAAUGUUGUACUUACAGAUAUAACCCCAUUUACUGUCUUUUUUCCUGAAAAUGGUACAUCAAUCAUCUGUUGGUCUUCUGUUUAAGUGAUGAAUAGGUUAAGUAUUCUGAAAACAAUGUGUUAGAUAGCUAAUGUCAGUCGGUUCCAAUUGUAUGAGAAAUUUAAAAUAACCCGACUUAGGAAGACAAUACUUAGAAGUCAGUAGAAGCAUGACGAAGUGUUGGGACGACUUUCAGUGGGAUGUGUCUCAAAGAUGGCAGCUGGUUGCCCUUGGUGAUAGCUGGUGUUUACAUCUGUCAAUUGGACAAAGAUGGAGUUAGCCCAUAAAAAUGAAUUUGCAUCAUUAAAAUUUUAACAUUACAGUCUCAUGACACUUAGGUAACACUUCUGAUUUAUCAUCAUUGUUGCUUCAUCUUGAUUUAAGGGCAGCUGAAUCAUGAAAAACUAAACUUUCAAACCGCUUGAAGCAUAUUGGUUAAUUAAGGGACAGUACUUUCAUGGUUUCAGUACCCAGGUAUAUGCAAAUAUGGUGUUAAUUUUCACCAAAAAUACAGAAUAUCUGAUAGCUGAUAAUAGUUUAAUUAAUUAAUUUCAGUCUUUCCUAUUGAAGUCAUUUUUUAGGUUGAACCUUGUCUUUUUUCAUUGGAGUUCACUUUACUGCAGUUUUUUACUAGUUCAUGUACUCUAGAGUAAUCUACAGAAAUGCAUAUAGUCUGUGUAUUUUUAGUCUACAUAUGCAACAUAGACCUGUUUUCAGCUUUUGUAUAGAGGGUUCUCAAAAAUAUUUUUUAUCUUAAGAAGUAGAAGUUUUUAAAUGAAUCACAAUUUAAUCCUCCAUCUUAUUAGAAAACUGAAUAAACACAUUUUGGUUUU